AUGGUAGCUAUUCUCGAGGUCGGUGCUUUCAUUUCUUCGUUGAGUGUGGGCAGAAUAGGCGACAUAAUCGGCCGUCGUAGAACCAUUCUUUACGGCUCGAUUGUAUUCUUUAUUGGAGGCAUGUGUCAAACGUUUGCCAAUGGCAUGCCCAUGAUGAUGUUGGGUCGCAUAAUCGCUGGUCUCGGCGUGGGCGCGCUUUCCACAAUCGUUCCUGUGUACCAGUCUGAGAUCAGUCCGCCCCAUAACCGUGGAAAGCUCGCUUGUAUCGAGUUCACUGGCAAUGUCUCAGGUUACGCAGCAAGUGUGUGGGUGGACUAUUUCUGCAGCUAUAUCGACAGCGACUAUGCAUGGCGUGUACCCCUCCUCAUGCAAUGUGUGAUGGGAGCACUCUUGGGUCUAGGCAGUCUCGUUAUCUGUGAGUCUCCGAGGUGGCUGCUGGACAACGACCACGAUGAGGAGGGCAUCAUCGUCAUCGCAAAUCUCUAUGGUAAGGGCGAUAUCCACAAUGACAAAGCACGUCAAGAAUAUCGUGAGAUCAAGAUGAAUGUUCUUUUACAACGACAGGAAGGAGAACGAUCUUAUUCCGAUAUGUUCAAACGAUACUACAAGCGGGUGUUCAUCGCCAUGUCUGCGCAAGCUUUCGCGCAACUCAACGGCAUCAACGUUAUCUCCUACUACGCACCUUUGGUCUUCGAAUCCGCUGGUUGGCGUGGCCGACAAGCCAUCCUCAUGACUGGUAUCAAUGCAUUCUCUUAUCUUGCCUCGACUGUACCACCCUGGUACUUGGUUGACAAAUGGGGCCGGCGACCCAUCCUGUUAUCGGGAGCGGUAGCCAUGAUCAUCUCGCUAUCCCUGAUAUCGUACUUCCUUUUUAUCGAUAUCGCGUGGACACCAACAUUGGUGGUCGUUUUUGUUAUGGUUUACAACGCAGCUUUUGGUGCGAGUUGGGGGCCAAUCCCUUGGUUAUAUCCACCUGAAAUACUGCCACUAAGCAUUCGAGCGAAAGGAGCAAGUUUGAGUACGGCCAGCAAUUGGGCAUUCAACUGGCUGGUGGGUGAAAUGACACCAGUACUGCAAGAAGUGAUCAAAUGGCGGCUGUACCUGCUUCACGCAUUUUUUUGUGCUGUCAGUUUUGUGCUUGUUUGGUUCUUAUACCCCGAAACAGCCAACGUUCGAUUAGAAGACAUGAAUGCUCUAUUUGGUGAUGCAACAACAGCGAUGCCUACUCCAGUGUCACAAGCCGAACGAGGAUCAUUGAUGGGUAUUGACUCACCUUCAUCCAUCGAUAUUCGACGAGGGUCACCACGGCCUGGACAAUUCAGUGCAGACGACGCGAUCCCUGGACUAGACAUCGAUCCUCCUGCUCUGGAAGUUGAUGCUGAUGGCAAGCCUAUACAAAGCAGUCGUGGCAGAAGUGAGAAUGGCGGAGAAGGUCUUGGUGGUUGGAUUGGACGAAUGGUAUCCAGGACACGAAAUCGUGAACGAAGUGACAGCAACCGUGGCCAGUAUGGUCGUAUUCAAGACGAUGACUGA